UGUGUAUUUAUGUUAUUAUAGUUUAUGCCAAAGUUCACAUUGCAUGAAAUGGAAAGUUUCAUAGCAAAUUACUUAAGUUCGGCAAAACCUCCAAACAUUCUUGAUGCAUCAUUUUUCUUAUUGGAAUGUGUGGUGAACUCUGUCAUGAGAAUUGUGGUGUACUUGAAAACUGCUAUGCGAGUUGAUCCUUCCGAAAACCGAGGUGCAUGGGCCUAUUUAGAACAUAUUCUGUCCAACUUUCUAGAAGCUGUAAAUAACUCAAAAAUGUCUUGUAUUUUUGGAGAUGAUAUUGAUGUGACUUUGGCAAUAAACUGUAUUACUAAAGUUGUAAGGGCAACAAAACAACUAGAUGAUGUUCGUCAAUUGCCUUUUUUGAUUAUUAUACGUCGUUUGGUUGAUUUAAUCGUUCAACGGAUGGAUAGUUCAGAAAUUUCAAAAAUGACAUCCCUGAUAACUUCUAUAAAAUCUCCAAGUUCUAAAAGAACAUUGCGAAAUUCUAUGCAACGUUUGAUGAAUAAUCUUGUCCUCAAAAACUAUGAAGGUGUAAGCCGAGGCAAGUAAACAAUGGU